AUGGCGUUCUCCACACAAAAAGAGUUCUUUCACGUGCCUUUCAACGAUGAGACAUACGAAUUUGAGUGUGUCGAUGCGUGUGUUAAACUGAAGAAGUAUCCAUCCACAGUCGACGACAGAUCAUGGUCAGCAAACGAGGAAAGGAAGUCGCAGUUCGUGGCCGACCUGGUGGCCUGCAACUCACCGAUAAAGAAGGACCGUGGUGUGGAGCCUACCGCUAGAUCUGCUCCAUUGGGUCCGGAGGAUGAGUACGGCAGUAAUUUGGUGGUGGGCGACAGUUUAAUAAAUGCCGCGGACGACACAAUUGGUCGCAUGCAGGAUCUGAUGAUCAAGAAUAAUAUUCUGCAGAAGAAACUGGGCGAUUCUGAUGAUAAAUUGAGGACAGCCAACCAGGAGACCGCCGAGAUCAAGCGGAUUAUGGACCAGCGCUAUGACCCCGAGAAGAGCAAGGCUCUGAAAAAGAAAAUCAAGCAACUGGCCGAUGACAACAAGAUAACGCCGCAGGACGAGAAGGAACUGAACGGUCUGCAGGCGGCCAUUGACGACAUGAAUAAGGCACACGACAUCCUGGAGGCUGAAAAUGCCAAUCUAAAGCGGCUGCUCGAAAAACAAUCGAAGCGCUGCAAGAUGGAUAGCAUUAAAAUCGAUCCGGAAAAGAGCAACGACAUACCCUACCUGCAGAAGAAGAUCGACGACUUGGGUAAGGAGGUGGCGCUACUGCGUGAGUUCGAGGACGAAGUCAUGAAGCGCUGUGCCAAAAAGUGCGGUUCUGAAGGUGGUGGUGGUGGUGGAGGUGGCAAUGCUGGUCGUGCCGCUAGGGGUCCUCCUGGAAAGGGCAGUUUCUCGCCGGACAAGGAUGCCGAGAACAUCAAAAAGAUUCUAGCCGAUCGUGAUGCACUACGCAAGAAGUGCAAGGAACUGGAGGAGCUCGGCUGCAAAGUCAACCAACUAGAGGAGAAGGCCAAUGAGGCGGAGUGUCUGACAUGCAACCUGGAGGAAAAUCUACGGAAACAGUGCCGAUGCAUGGAGCAAAUGCAGUGUGAGAUGCACGAUAUGCAGAACUACUACGAGAACGAGGUAGACAAGGCUAGGGGCAAUGAGGAAAUCCUUAAGUGCCGUUGUAAACAGAUGAAGCAGGAACUGGUGGCAGCCAAGUGUGCCGUUCAGCGGGCCCAGUGUCAACAAAUGGAGAUCGAAGUGCUGCGAAACGAGCUGCGAAAGCGGGACACUGCCCUCAACGCAUACGACUGCCAGUUCCAGCAGAUAAUGAUGAAGGCCAAGAUGUUCAAGGCCGCGGGCUACCGCUUCCUUGACGACCUGCCUCCCGACUGCAGCGAAAGUUGCGUGGAUGGCCCUGGUGAAGAGGAAGAGGGAAAUUGAAGCCCCCAAAAGGCAUAUCUUAUCUAUUGUUCAGAUUGUUUCAAAAUUCAAGCAGCCAUUGAUCAAAAUCUAUAGUUUUAUCAAAUUAAACCAUUACUUCAAGCGUA